UAUCAUAACUUGGGCAAAUCGUUGCAAAUGGAAACCUCAUUGCCUUUAGCCACUGAUAGCUUCUCAUAUAGUUGGUUACCAAAUUACAAACCCCUUGCAAAUGACCUUAAGGAGCCUCUAAGAGAACCCACUUACAAUUUUUGUGAUGGCACAAUCAAUUAUCCAUUUAUGGAAGAUUGGCAAAACUUCAAUUUUGAUAUUUCCAUCACUCAGUCCCCUGCUGUUUUUUCUCAUGCUGAUGAACUUUUCUCUAAUGGCCUUAUCAAACCACUAUUUGUUGGUCCUUCCAAGGUAGAGUUUUGCAAUACCACCACAGAUUCCACACAAUCCAAGCCUGUUUCUUCUAGAAAUGUUUCUCCAAGAACUGUGCAAAUUCAUCAUGGUUUCCUCACAAAGUGGAAAACCUCUACAUGUAGAACCUUGAGAAGCCUUUCAAGGUAUGUCAACCAACUAUGCCAGAAAGUUGGAAGCUCAAGGAAAAGUACUAAAGUUGAUGAUUUUGAUAAAGAAGAGUGGCUAGUUAAUAAUACCUGGAGCAGCUCACAGCAACCAUCUCCAAAAUCAAACACUGUCAAUCAUAUUGGUGCUUUGCUUGAUUAUGAGAACUCAAUCUAUGAAGCAGUCCUCCAUUGCAAAAGAUCAAUAGAAAGAUGAUCCCUCCUCAAAAUAAAGAGAAAAGAACUGUAGAGCGUCUUGAAAUGAGUGGUAUCUGAACCGGUUCUUUGCAUCAUUUCUCUCUUGUUCUCACUUGGAAGUUAUUUUUAUUUCUUUGCUUAAACAAGAAGAGGUGCUUUGGCAGAUACCAGCUGUGUGGUUUAUAAUAUCAAAUGUCAGGAAAUGUUGGAUUGGAUCCUACUGCUUCAUGGUUUUGUACAGAUAUGAGUUAUAGCACAAACUGUGUAUUGUGUUCAUAUUGUAAGAAAGAUAACAAUGUUUUUCUUCUUUUCUUCUUCCCUCUUUUUUCAUUGCUCUCUUAUGGCAAUAAAAUUUUAGCUGGGAGAUUUUACUGAUUAUUAUAGCACAUACUUGCUCCAAGAGAACAGGAUGUCUAAAUUGUGAACCAUGACAACAGCAUUUACUUCAGUAAGAGCUACCACUAAGAAUACUGUUGUGGCUAACAAAGAAUACCAAAUGACCCUCUCAAGGUCCCUCACAUUACUCUA